UAUAGCAAGAAGACGGGACAUACUGGGCCGGGGAGGGUGGCUAGAACGGUACCGCGGGUGUAAUAUCUUGAUCCAGCACUUGUUGAAACGUACCGACAAGAAAUAAACUGUUUGGUACGCCCUAAGGGAACGUAAAAGACCACAAUUACCAAGUACAAGCACAUCGGGGCGAUCUCAAGCAGCAGAGUUUAAUAACAAAGCGCUCCUUGCCUUGCGUUUGGGACGCUGUUAACCACGAUGAGGUUCCCUGCCGCGGUAGACUGGUUGCUGCUAGUGCGAUCUCCUUUCCGCCGCCGUCGUCGUCGUGGUAGAAAGUCUUUAAAAUUGCGUGACCGUGCUCCGAAGAGAUCUUUACUGGGUAUAAUUGACUGGUUUACGGGAUCGGAAGGAUAUCAGCCCGCCUGUUCGUCGGACAUGACUCGCAUUUUACUGCGAUGUCUUACGGGCCUGUGUUUGUAUGCAACUGCGGUAGCGUGUAGAAAUCUGUACGUUCUCCGUACAAUGGGCUGGCCAAUUCUGAAUGAGGAUCGUACCGGAACUACGUCUACGGUAGCUGCGGAGCAUUAUCCACUGUGUGUUGUGAUUGGUAGGGAAGUGGCUACGGUUAUGAUGAUGGGGCUUUGCAUCAGCAUCCUAAGCUGCAGCGGGCUUACACCUCAACGACUAUGUUCAUCCUUGAUCUUGUUUACCGCAACCCGAGAUCCGAUAGUUUAUCUACUUAGAACUUCUUUUAAGGCGGAAGAGGAUAUAGGUGAAACUGUGGGCGCUACGUCUGGUAGACUUUUGCUGAACUGUUUCAAAGACGGGCUCGUUCUGUUGGGAAAGAAGAUGGCGACUCUUUACGAACAUCCACCAGGGCAAUCUGAAAUAUUCAAGGGAAUCUGUCAUGCGUUCGAACAUAUCAAACUGGACGGCUUAAUUUAUUCGGGCCUCAGUAUUCCAGCUCUCCUGGUGCUGUAUGCCGUCUUCAGGUACGCGGAAGUCGAAAUAUCCGAUUACAAGCACACUGUCCCGGAGAACCCAAAACUCAACGACGACAUCAAACAUUCUCGACAAAUACCACUACUGGCAGCGGUUGCGUCGGCCCAUGAGUCCACUGUAUGGAGAAGCGCAGCGCACUACUUCGGGAAGGAGCUCCAAAAUUCUAUCGCUGCGGCAAAGCGCGCUAUCGAUCAUGCUCACGUGCAUCCUGUUAUGCAUGAGCAGUAUAUGCAUUUCGUCACGUUCAUUUCCGCCUUGGAUACGACUAUAGAGAAUAUGGAGCACAUCUCCUGGCAACUUGAACAUUACGAAGCUACGGAUGGUUUACCCAAGGCAGAUGCCGCGGUGGUGAAGCGGCUAGUUCACCGAAUGCUCUUUGAUCCAGUUGAUCUAAAUGAACGAGUUGGAGAUGCACUGGCUAGCUUAGCGGACAGCAAAGGACUAGAGUUGAUUGUCCACAGCCCUAUCUUGAAAGGAAAAGAGCAGGAAAUAUUUCUCGUUGUAGGUGAUGAAGACUACAUCAGACAAAUCUUGAUGCAGAUGCUCGCACCAAUUAUUGCCGAUGCUCCAGAGUAUACCCGCGUCGAACUGAAUCUUGUAACAUCACCGCCAUGGUCCCCAAAAGAAGAUCUCGAUCAGCCGCGGGCUGGUAUGCCUAGAAAAUUUCACAUGGACGUCAAAUGGCGGAUACUGUAUCAGGCUGGUGAUAUGCGCCAUCCGCCACCCGUGGUCUUGAAUCAUUAUAUGAGCAAGAUCAUCAAACAACUCGCAGGUCAUUUGAGAGGGCCAAAAGUUGUGUCCGGCCAGUGCGUGUUGGAGCUGGCCUUCGAAAUGGAGACAGUGAGAUACCGGAAAGAAAUCUCGAAAGUCAUGGAGUUGCCGCUUUCCAAACCUGUUACCUUACGCGCUACGGACGAGCUCUUUCGCUUCGUCAAGAGUUUGCAAAAUUACCGGGUGACUGUACUCGCUACUAAUCAUUCACAAUUCACUCAUAACAUUACGCAAUACAUUGAAAAUUGGGGAAUGGACCUGACUUAUGUUGCGACAGAAGACAUGGAUGUAAUACCCGAGAUCAUGACCGACCUGGACCGUCGAAGUGAUGGGUACCGAAACUCGAAACAGCUUCAAGUACUGAAGAACGCUGUGAUAAUUGACGACGAUUUCGGAAUCUUGGAUCUAGUCAUUCAGCAUCGCAUAGACAACCUUAUCCUUGGGACUGUCAUCAUCUACUUCACGUCUCCUACGAACCACGCUCGCAUGAAUGAGUAUGUGGAGACCACUGCCGAGAACUAUGGCGAGCUUAUGCCAGAUGUAUAUGUCAUUACAAAACCGGCGGGUCCACGAAAGCUUCUGCAGGGAUUCAAAUGGAUUAUGACCGAGCGACCUGACGACACUGCCUUGGAGGAUCAUGACGGUCACAGAAUCCGCACCAAACGAGUUGACGUAGCCGAAGGUUCUGGAAAGACUAGUCGACAAAAGGGCAGCACCAGUAAUGUGCUGAAAAGCGUGGAUGUCUGGGACACAAGAAAUAGCACAUCACCCAAGCGCAGCAGUCGCGCAUCUGCAUCGUCUCCUCCGGGCCAUAGUCACGAUGGGGCCUCAAGUCUCUCCGGGAGUACGAGUUCGUCAAAUAAAUCGGUUGCGUCAAAUCAAGCUUCCACGAAUCUUCCAGCUCAUCCAGCGCAAGCAGCCACCUCAACCACAGUGGCGCCUCAGGCACCGUUGAUUUUUACACCAAGAAUCAAGGUUCUUAUUGCGGAAGAUAACCCUAUCAACCAAACGAUUUUGAGUACUUUCCUUAGGAAGAGAGGUAUUAGUGCCACAGUCGCUGCCAAUGGCCAUGAAGCCUUGAUCAAGUACCGGGCAGGAAAAUAUCAUAUUGUUUUGAUGGGUAAUGCUUGGUUUGCUUGUAAUGCAAGCAGCGAAGAAGCUGACCGUCUUUGUCCCACCAUGUUUAUAGAUAUUGUCAUGCCAGUGAUGGAUGGUAUCCAAGCCACACGAGAGAUUCGCAAAUUGGAAAAAUCAAGAGCGCAAUCCGAGCCUGGUCGCUUGUUGCCAUCAACACCGGAUGCUGUUAUAGUUGCCCUCACAGCAUCCUCGUUACCAGCCGAUCGAGAUGCUGCCCUAGCAGCUGGUUGUAAUGAUUAUUUGAUUAAGCCAGUGAGUUUGGUUUGGUUGGAACGUAAAAUUCUCGAAUGGGGUGCGAUGCAAGCCCUCAUUGACUUUGAGAAUGUACUCGGACAGGAUGAUGAGCCGCCAACGACUACUCAAAAGCCGAGAGGGAAAGACCGCCUACCAGCAUUUCCCAAACCUGCCAUUGCAGGGAGUGCCCCUGCAGUUCUGUCCGUGGGUUCCCAAGCCGUUGAUCAUCCUGAGGCAAGUUACAUUUUGGGUGGCCAGCAGGUUCGGUCCCCAGCAGAUGAGAGGCAGUGAGCUGUAUGCGUUCAAACAUUCCUUGGAACUGUUCAUUGUACCGGCUUGAAGCAGUCAUAGCAUAGGAGAGGGUUGAAUGAAAGUCAGAAAAUUCAUGUAUUUAUAUUUUGUGGGUCAUUUUUUAUUUAUGUAGUACUCAAAUUGUGUGCCACUAUCAGCCAAACCCACCAUUGAAACUGCUUAGAGCAAUUGCACAAAGCUGGUGGAGUUGAAGGAGGUAGAGCAUGUCAAUACAUUACUGCUCACUUAUGGAGUGAUGCCCAACUUGUAUGUUUUCAAUCAGUACUGUUUGCAAAGGAA